AUGGCUUUGUCUGCUGAUCUCGUUGCGGACAUCUCGUUGAAGCUGGCACAGGUGCAAGAAGGCGAUCGACUUGUAAAGACGGUGCAUGCGGCUAUCAGCCAGCUUGAGUCGCAGGGCCACGUCUACACGAUGCAGCUUCAACCGACCAUGGUCGGGAUCAGUUCCCAGAACCGCGACGGGAGCGGGAUUAAUCCCGUAGAUGUCCACGAUCUUCUGGGCGACAUAGUUCAAGCCGGCUGGCUUGAUGCCAGGGUCCAGGCCAUCGCCCAUGAGCCAACUGGGCAAGAGGACAUCGAUUGGAAUGUCCGUCUCUUCCAAAGCAUGCAUGAUCGCUGUGGGCCCCUGGAGCCCACGAUGAUCAAAGCACUCUCCCUGGCAGGGUCACACACAAACUCGGUCUUGCGGUGCUUCCACUAUGAGGUCAUGCAUGAAGGAGACGAGACCGUGUGUCAUGAUGGAAGACUCAGCAUGGAGUUGCUUCGCAAGCACGAUCCGGACUUCGCGAGGGCGGUUCGCGAAGGAGUCGUUUGGAAGAUCUUGUCAAAGCACGUCGCUGCCCAGCUGCCGCAGCUGUUGGGACUUGUCCAAAGGAUGGGAAACGCCACACUUCACCGUGGCGAACACGAGCUCCAACUGAUGAGACGGCUGCAUCAGACUUGGGUCCAGAUGAGCUCUCAGGGUUCUGUGGACUUCCUGGCACUGAAGAGCAAAGUCACCACGGGGAAGUCCGUGCAUGGCAAGUCCAUGCCGCAUCUUUACAGUUUCGUGUUGAAGACUGCGGGUGGCACAGAUCCGUUCUUGCUCAACGAGACUGAAACCUUCGUUAGGUUGCAUUCCCCCAGCACACGUUCAUUGGGACCUGGUUUCUGGGAGAAGGUCAGUGCCGAUGUCAAAGGUUCCAACCAAUUCCCACGGUUCCGGCAUGCCAUGGUGAAGCUUGCAUACUGCAAAGAAGCUGUGGGGUCUGCCGAGUGCAAGAAGAUGUUGAACAAGGAUUCAACGGCCUCUGUCAAGGAGGCAGACACCAUCAUGAGCACGUGGCGAAAGCUUGUGACGGCCCUGCCGGAUGGUGCAGAGCUUCUCAUGAAACCCGAAGUGCAGACCUGCUUGUCCUAUGGGGACAUGUCCUUGGCUGCCUUCACCCUGAAUGUGAUGUUGCCCGGUGAAGACUUGAAGAAGUAUAAGACAAGCCAAUCCCUCGCCCAUGACCUCGUCCUGAUUUUGGAAGGCAUCCUCAAAACAGACCUGAAUGGGCCCUGGGCGGCACACAAGGUCGUAGAUUCGGGUGAGGCAUCGGGUUCCAAACAGGUGGCAGCACCCAAGGUUAUCAUGAGGGAGCUGAGCUCCGACGGCUCGGUGAAGGAUUCAGCGCAGAUGCUGGCCGAGUCCGGCUUUUCAGUCGGCCAACAUGUCCGUCGCAAGGCGGAUCAGGAAACUGGCCAGGUCAUGGCGAUGGAGCUUGGCCGUGUCAAGCUGAAGCAGCCCUCGGGCUCCGUAGUGCGGGUGUCGAUCGACAGCUUUCUCGCAGGGGACUGGCAGGUCUUCACACCGAAGCCGGAGCCCCAGACGGUGAAUGACUUGUCGGUGUAUUCGCCUUUGAACUUCCCCGAAUACGAGCGACAGAUGCUGUUGGCAUGCUUGCACAUGGACAUGCAUGAGCUCAUGCAAAAGCACAGCACGAAUCCCAUGCUGCAGAAGCUCAUGGUCACUUUGAAGCCUCGUAAGUCAGUCCAAGCCACGGCAUUCAUCCCGAAAAACAAGCUCAUCAUGGUCCCCAUGGGUUUGACGAUCAAGCACGGUCAGAAGAAGCCCGAGGAUGCGAUUUUCGAUAUCAUCACCCCCAUGAGUGACUACUUCUUCUGGAUUGUUUCGUUCAUUCAGAUUCCGAAAGCCGAAGGGGAUGCUGGCUUCAUCAAUCCUGCAUUCCUUGUGCAGCCGCUUCUUUUGAGUGACACUUGGAAUUGCGAGGUUUCGCAUGUCAAGUCCAAUCGAGACAAGAAGGUUCAACUCCCCAUCCUGAAGAACACCCUGGACCUGCAGCAGGACGAUGUGCUCUAUAUGCCAAAGGCCGAGAAGACGGUGCACGUCGAGGCAUUGCAGGCUGAGACCCCGCCAAGGAAGCGAAUCGGCUCCAAGAAGCCGGGAUUGUUUCGGUUCGUGUACGGCAAGGGCUUGGAUCUGAGGAAGAAUACGGACAAUCAAAACUUGUCACUCGACACACCUUUCUUCGAGAACAUGUUGGCCCGUCGCCAAGAAGCAUUCAACGAGGCUAUCUCCGAAAGACUCAAGGAUGAAGAGAAUGACGAAGCCCCACAGCCGGAGAAGGCCCAGAAGAAGACCAAGAAAACCAAGGAGUUCAAAGCUACACCGAAGCAUGAGAUUUAUGCACCCCACAGCAUUCAGAUUCACUUGCCCGGCGAGACCGAGGAUGGCAACAAGGUCCAAUGCCGAACUUUGUUCGAGGGGGUGGGCACUCGGACUAUGUGGCUGGAACUGAAGGACGAUGUCGUGAAGCACAUCCAGACCAGCUUCAAGCAUUCUGAGGCCAAGCCACGAAAGACGAUCAAGCCUAGAAAGGACUCACCGCAAUGGUGGGCCUUUGAACGGUGCGGGCUCCUGGAGGUGUUGCUGCCGAACGAGGACGCCACAUGGAGCAACAGCUCAGCCAUCCUCGGUUGGCACAAGCAGAAGAAGAAGUGGAGAAUCCUGGACAUGUUAGGUUGGAUGUGCCAGGAUUGGGAUGGCCAGUGGGUCCCGGCUUCGCUUCUGCUCCAGGAGAUCGAUGCUACGGGGCUGGCAAAGGAGGAAAAUUCGGCCAAGGAGGGCACCAAGGAGGAGGAUGAGCCGGCUCAGGAGACCAAGGACGAGGAGCCGGCUGAGACAGCCAAGGAUGAUACGAUGGUGGAGGUCACAUGCGAGCCCCUUCCCACCAAGGACUUCAUGAAGCCGAAGCCCAAGUCCAAGAAGCGACCGGAGAUGAAGGCAAAGGCCAGCAUUACUCCGUUGUUGUCCUGCCAAGACAUCCGGAAUGCCGUGGACACCGCCCCCGCCACCGGCACCGGCUUCAAAGGCAUCCUCGUCGGCGGCGACACCGUGGCGGCCGCACUCGUGCACGAAGCCGGGGACAAGGGUCUCGAGAUCCACGGAGACCCUGUCGAAGUUGGUGGAUCAUUUCUUGAAGGACUCCUGAUGAUCCCUGAGUCGGCCACGUGGCCCCGCCAGAAGAGCCACAAACCUACUGAUGCCAUCCGUUGCCUGGGCCAGCCGAUUUCCGGCAUGGCGACUUCGAAAGCCUUGGGCGACCAACUGCUCACCAUCUCCUCACUCGCAGAGACCAUGACAGACCAGACAACGAAAAACCGGAUGAUCGAGUCCUGUAUGGAGUCUGCCAAGAAGCAGAUUUCGGGUCUCCGGCUCACGGAUUCAGCAGAAGUCCAGACACUGUUCGCUACGGUGCAGUCCUUGAACUUCAGCGACAGUCAGAAGGACGAGCUGAUGCGGCAGAUCGGUGAUCGUUUCGUGGCAUGCAGCACACCCAAAUCACAGGGCACCAAGAAGUCCAUGCAGACCAUGGACGACCCGGGAAGUUUCCUCCGGGCCUCGGAUGUGACCUUCAUCUCGAACCCAGACCACACCAUUAAGGCCAAGGCAAGUCGGAUGGCCAUGAUGUUUUGCAGCAUCAACUGCAGCUGCCCGACGGAGCCUACUUCGGGCCGAGCUGUGGGAGUGCUCAAGAACGACUUUGGCCUCAAGGAACUCGACGACCCUCAAGUGUUUUACAACACAGUUCAGGAUUUCAAAGCAGCCUUGAAGUCGCACUUCAAGUCCAAUCCCAGUGGGUCGACGAGCCAUGUGCACAACUUCACGACACCGGCAGAUCUACCCUCCGAUGUGUAUGCGAGAGCAUAUGGUGAGGAAGGGCCGUCCGGACAUGCCGGCCUGGGUGGCUCCAUCGGUCCAGUUCGAAAGUCUUCUGCGAUAUUGAAGAGCCAGAACAACCAGAAGGUUCCUACUCUAGACCUUCAGGUGCCUUCGCAGAACAACAUGGCCAAUAUGAUGAUGCAAGGGUUCCAGAGCAUGCAGCACAUGUUCAAUGCCUUCGCAGGUGCACAGCAGGCUGGCAUGUCCGGCCAGCAGAACAUCUUCAUGAACAACACCAAGACGAACCCGCCGAAGCAAACCCUCGCACUCACGAAUGGACCCGAUGCAGCAUCGAGUCCAGCACGUGCAGAGCCGGAGCAAGCUCAAAAGCCUAUGACUCCGGAAGAGCAGGUGAACACCAUGCUCUCCAGCUGGAAGAAUCGUCAAGAGGAGAACAAGAAGAAAGCCGAGGAGGGCAAGGCUGGUGAUCCGGAGGGUGGCAGCGAGAAGGCCGAGGCGAAGGGCCAUCAGGAUGUGCAAAGUGCCGAUGGAAGCGAGGCUGCUGCCCUAGGCCCUUGGCUCGUGGCCAGGACCAAUUCCCGCACAGCUUGGGCAUUGCAUGCCCGAGUCAUGACAUCCAGCUCCAGCUCCAAACCUUUGGCAAGCCUGGGGAGGAAGGUGUUUGUAUCACAACGAGGUCUGGAAUCCGUGCUCAGCGAUUUGAAGAAGACCGGUUUCCUCGCCGACGAUUUUGCUACCACCUCGCGAGCCUCGAUUAAGCGAGCGAGGGAUGGUGAAGAGAAGUCGUGGGAGAAUGCCUUUGGGCAGAUGAUCAUUAACAUGGACAUCCCACAUGAGAGCGAUGACACGAAAUUUGUUAGGGUUCCCUUCGUGCCACCUGUUGUGCUGCUGCAGCACUGCAUCGCCAACGAGCAUUACCAUCGACUGCUCGAAAAGUGUGGCCAGUCCAGCCCUGCAGACAAGCUGGGCAUCGCUAUAUAUGCUGACGAAGUUAGUCCCGGCAAUCAGCUAAAAGCGCUGAAUGCCAGGAAACUACAAGUCAUCUACUGGUCCAUCGUCCAGCACGGGCAAGAUCUGGCCUCGGAGUGGCUUUGGUUCCCUUUGUGUAUACUGAGAAGCACUCUUUGCAAUCGGAUCGGCGGCCUCACUGUGCUUUGGAAACAUGCCAUCCAGCACAUGUUCAUGGAUCAUGACAUGAGGCAUGGUGUUGUGCUGCAGACAUCCACCACAGCAUUUCCCGUCUUUGCCGACCUCUCUGUUCUUAUAGCGGACGAGGCAGCCCUGAAACAAACAGCUGAAAGCAAAGGUGCCUCGGGCACAGUGUUUUGUAUGAGAUGUGCGAAUGUCGUUGCCCACCGAAGCGGGCUACAGGACCAUGGCGAUGUUCUCUCGUCGACAUGCACUGACUUCACGAAGUUUCGCUUGCACACGAACCGGUCGGUCGGUGAAAUCAUGAGGUACCUCUCUUCCCAACAUGGCACGGUUUCCCAGAAGGACUUCCAAACAAUGGAAAAAGCUUUGGGCUACAACUACAUGCCGGGAGGCCUCUUGAUGUCGAAUGUAGGACACAACAUUCCGGAGAUGAUCAUGUUCGAUUGGUUCCACAUUUACUUGGUCCACGGUGUGGCCGGUAACGAGGUUGGGGUGUUGCUAGGCCGCCUCCGAGACAGUGGCUUUCCCGAGCAACAGAUACACGACUUCGUGCAAUCCUUCCAUUGGCCGGUGCAAUUCGCUGGUGCGGAUGCCAAGUCAGUUCUCGCCAAAAAGCGAGAGGACAAGACUGCCCCGGUGAAAGCAGAAGCCUCCGAGCUCCUUAAUUUCCUGCCGGUCCUGCAGUUGUUCCUUAUCCUCUUCGUCUGGAGGGAUGCUGACGACUCCCUGAAGAGUUGCUGUCACGGAUUCUUCACCUUGUGCAAAAUCCUUCGCAUGCUGAGGAAAGCCACUCAGGGUGGCUUGGACCCUGCUGCCCUCAGGGGUGCCAUUAAGGAGCAUUGCGAACUAUACCUCGCCAACUACGGGGCAGAGCACUGGGUUCCGAAGAACCAUAUGACCAUGCACCUACCCGAAUUCUUGUCUCGUCACGGGCUGCUCCUUUCGUGCUUCGUGCACGAAAGGAAACACAAGCUGGUCAAGAGGUUCGCAAACAACAUGAAGGACACGUCCAGAUCAUACGAAGCUACCGUCCUUCGCGAGACCCUUGCAGCUCAGUUCCUUGCGAUGCAGGACGAACUCCCUCAAGGGGAUGUGCGACUCAUCGGCAAGAGACGGUGCACAAAGGCAAUGGCCAGCCUGAUCCGGGAUGUGUUCGGCAACUCCGACGGUGUGUUUCAAGCACAGGCAGCAUUGCAUGGCGGAGGAUUCCGGUGCUCCCAUGGAGAUGUCGUCAGAGCCAAGCAUGCACAGGAACACGUUGUCGGCAUGAUUCACUUUCAUGUUGAGGUUGACGGCCUGCCUCUCACAUGCAUGAGUCCAUGGAGCCAUGUGGCCGAUCACAUGUACCGUGUGAAGCACGAAAGUUUCUUCAUCAACACGGCAUGCAUUUUUUCGGCUUGCAUCUGGUCUCGCAAGGGCGACGAUGCCAUCGUGUUGUUGGAGUGUGCUGUUGACGUCGGCAACCACCAGAAGUUGGCUAUCAGCGCUGCGGGUGUGCGGUUCGCCGCUUGUGACCACUCGCGCACCGCUCGCGUAGCAGUGCCUCCCGGCGGUGCGGGGGCACCGUUCGCAGGGCAUCCACCCGCUAAGGCGACCAUCGCCGCCGCAGCGCGGCAGAUGUUCUUGGAAUGGGUGGGUGAGCACUCUCCUCUCGCCGGCAGGAUCCGGGACACUUCUGCCCUGCCGAUGUCGUUGCGCACUGGUGUGGAUGGCUUUGGGAGUGGGGUGGUCGACUUCGCGGAUCAUGCCAUGCGUCUGCGCUGCUGUGAUGGCACUGACGCCUGGCGAAUCUGUCUCCCACCCAUGAUCGUAGCCGCAACCGGCAAUAUUUCGAGCCUUUGCCAAUGGCUUCCCCAUCGGGCUUGCGCUAAAGUCGCAAUGGAUGCCACCAUCGUGAGCCCAGUCCACCGGGACGGCUAG